AUGAAGGUCAUCUGUGCAGGACUUCUAAAAACGGGUACUAAAUCAAUUGCCAAAGCCUUGCGGCACCUUGGAUUUACAGUGUUCGACUGGGAAGAGCAAACGUUUGACUUUGUAGAUCACUGGGUUGAUGUUUUUCAAAAUGGCGCCAAACCUGAUGUGAAGCGAGUUUACCAGAAUGCCGACGUAUGCGUGGAUACCCCUGGAAACUUCUUCUUCGAGGAAAUACUGGAAGCUUUUCCUGACUGUAAAGUGAUUUUGAGCGUGAGAGAGGAAGAUUCGUGGAUAGAAAGUCUAGUGCGUCAAUUGGAUUCAUUGUAUGCUUUACGAUCCAAGAUUGGGUCCAUGUUAUCGCCAACAGCGAAGAAAAUGGAGUACGUUUUCGAUUCCUUCCUUAACGCCGCCAUUGGAUCUUGUAACACCAAGUCCACCUAUGUUAUGAGAAAGCGAUAUCGUAUCCACAACCACCGUGUAAAGUCCAUUGUUCCCGCUGACAAGCUUUUGGUGUACAACGUAAAAGAAGGAUGGAAGCCAUUGUGUGAUUUCUUGGAGUGCGAGGUCCCCACUAUUGCCUUCCCACAUGAAAAUAUCAAAGCAGAAAUUACUGCGAAGUUACUUGUGUCAAGAUGUGUCCAGCAGAUGAGAUGGGAAGUGCGGAGAGGUUUUUUUGCAAUUGGUUCAGUUCUAAUAGUAAUUGUAGGAAUAUUUCUUGCCUUCUGCUUAUAUCAGUGA